AUGAAAGUCUCUGCAGCACUUCUGUGCCUGCUGCUCAUAGCAGCCACCUUCAGCCCCCAGGGGCUCGCUCAGCCAGAUGCAAUCAAUGCCCCCGUCACUUGCUGCUAUAACUUCACCAAUAGGAAGAUCUCAGUGCAGAGGCUGGCGAGCUAUAGAAGAAUCACCAGCAGCAAGUGUCCCAAAGAAGCUGUGAUCUUCAAGACCAUUGUGGCCAAGGAGAUCUGUGCUGACCCCAAGCAGAAGUGGGUUCAGGAUUCCAUGGACCACCUGGACAAGCAAAUCCAAACUCCGAAGCCUUGA